GGAGUAACUAGGAGUAGAUGAGGGUGAAUGAAACAAGCAUGCACCUUCCUUCGAACAUCCAUUGUGGCUGUGGGUCUCAUCGCGUUCUCCACGAAUUCUGAGCGAUACAUACCUCAAAAGUCCUCCGAAGAGAGAAACCAAAUUAGAAGGGGAAGCCUCGAAACUUGCUGCGUGCCUGCCUGCGUAAAGAACGGAAACGUACCUUCGUGCCACCAAAUAUGGUCAAAACGCUGAAGGCCAAAGCGUUAUGUAAGUGGCAAUAUGGCGCUAUAAAAAUCCCUCACAGAAGACUAGACGGACCAGAACCUCAUUACCUUUCCACCUCAACAACGGCUCCUUCCAACUCUAAGACAGAACACGCCAUGCUUCCCGAACACACGAGCAAGAACCAAUCGAUCCCCCAAGAUUCAGACAUGGGUACCGGGAAAGACGUCGGUGUCACUGGCAUGUACCAGGAUACAAAUAUGAACAAGAAUGAAGUAGCGGAUAAGCAACCUGACGAGACAUUGUACACUCUUUCAAAGGCAAACUCACGCUUUUCCGGUGCUAGUUCGUCUGGAAACCCGGUCCCCGUUUCUGCCACUUCCGGUAGCAACGAAGGAUCGAUGCCAAUAGCGGCGUCAGACUGGAGCAAUGUCCCAAGGUGCUAUCCUAGAAAACAGUGCCCGAUCCCAGGCUACGACUUUUCCUCCUACAACUGCGAUCGGGACACGGACACGGAGCACACAAGAAAUAGCCCUUCACCAACCCCCACGGAGAUUAUAGAGUUUGAUCUGAGUCCCGAGGAGAUCCGCCAAGAUUUGAAGGAGAGAGGGAUUAUUGUCCGGGAUUUUGCUUCUGCGCCUAUUAAAGGGACUGGGUUAAGGUCAUAACUUCACAGGAGAGCCGUCAUUAUACAACGUACUAGAGACCACAUAGUAUUGCGCGCGUAGUCAGCAUAAAAUUGAGAGGCUUCAUUAGGACGCUCUUAGCAAACCUCGACGUGAGUGCUAUUGUGAUCAGAAUUUGAUGUCGAUACGGGGUACUUGAUACGAUACAAGAAA